CGCACGCUGAAUGGGCACGGACCCGGACCCGGGCGCGCGCGGCGCCGCAACCCCGGCCAUGGGCAGCUUCCAGCUGGAAGACUUUGCAGCCGGCUGGAUCGGAGGCGCGGCCAGUGUCAUUAUCGGCCACCCUCUGGACACGGUCAAGACUCGCCUGCAGGCCGGCGUCGGCUAUGGGAACACCCUCAGCUGCAUCCGCACUGUGUACAGGAAGGAGAGUGUGUUUGGCUUCUUCAAGGGCAUGUCCUUCCCCCUGGCCAGCAUCGCCGUCUACAAUUCAGUGGUGUUUGGGGUCUUCAGUAACACGCAGAGGUUCCUCAGCCAGUACCAGAGCAGCGAGCCCGAGGCCAGCCCACCCCACACCCUGUCGAGCCUGCUCCUGGCCAGCAUGGUGGCUGGCGUGGUGUCUGUCGGACUGGGCACGCCCGUGGACCUCAUCAAGAUCCGCCUGCAGAUGCAAACACAGCCAUUUCGGGAAACUAACCUCAGUUUGAAGCCCAGGGCAGUGGCUCUUGGGGAGCGGCCAGCCUACCAGGGGCCUGUGCAUUGCAUUGCCGCCGUCGUGCGGACGGAGGGCCUGGCGGGGCUGUACCGGGGCGCCAGCGCCAUGCUGCUGAGGGACGUCCCGGGCUAUUGCCUCUACUUUAUCCCCUACGUGUUCGUGAGCCACUGGAUCACACCCGAGGCCGAUGCUGACCCCAGCCCCUGUGCCGUGUGGCUGGCAGGUGGCAUCGCAGGGGCAAUUUCUUGGGGGACAGCGACUCCUAUGGAUGUUGUGAAAAGUCGACUCCAAGCUGACGGGGUUUAUUUAAACAAAUACAAAGGUGUCCUGGACUGUAUCUCCCAGAGUUACCAGCAGGACGGCCUUAAAGUAAGCCCCACGGCAGUCGUGCGGGGUCGGUGUCAGUCCCUGGAAGGGCCAGGGCUGGUGUCACCCGAGCAGGGCCGCAUUCCGCGUGGCUGCAGGGCGCGUGGCCUCUCCGGAGCCCGGGAACCUCAGAAUAAAUCCCUCCUGUCCGGAUGGCAGGCACUCUGUUCCAGCCCUCCCGGCCGAGCCACCGAGCUGCCGCUGUGGAAGGACCUUUGCUUGAUUUGCACUGGUACCUGGUAGAAAGUGGGGCAACGGAGAUCCUGCUCUGCACGACUGCUGUAACCCCCCUGGGAAUUCACAGAGGAGCUGGCGUUGUCUCUUAGUUUCCAAAUAAAAACAUUGAAAACUUCCUCAGGUCCUUUCUGUAUCAGACGCUUCCGCCUGGCUUCCAGGAGAUGCCAGCCGCCCUCAUUCUUCCCUGUUUAGACCCCCGUAGAUGUCUCCCAGAGAAGAGGCCGCUCCACGCAGGUGAGAAGACAAGGCUCACUUCCC